GAACAUAUGGAACACAGAAACAAUGUGACUGAGUUUGUCCUCUUGGGGCUCACUGAGAGCCUCCAAGGUCAGAAAAUAUUAUUUGUUGUGUUCUUGAUCAUCUACAUCAUGACAGUGGUGGGCAACUUACUCAUUGUGGUGACUGUGGUGGUCAGCCCAACCCUGGAUGCCCCUAUGUACUUCUUUCUUGGUUACUUAUCAUUUAUGGAUGCUGUUUAUUCUACUACAGUUACUCCAAAUAUGAUUAUAGACUUACUCUAUGAGAAGAAAACCAUUUCCUUCCAAGCUUGCAUGUCCCAGCUCUUUAUAGGGCACUUAUUUGGUGGUGCUGAGAUUUUACUCCUGGUGGUCAUGGCCUAUGACCGCUAUGUGGCCAUCUGCAAACCCUUGCAUUAUUUGACAAUCAUGAAUCAAAGGCUGUGUGUUCUCUUGCUGCUGUUGGCCUGGUCUGGAGGUUUUUGGCAUGCUGUAGUUCAACUUCUCUUUGUUUACAACCUUCCCUUCUGUGGUCCCAAUGUCAUCGACCACUUCAUCUGUGACAUGUAUCCAUUAUUAAAACUUGCCUGCACUGACACCUAUGUUAUUGGCCUCACUGUGGUUGCCAAUGAUGGGGCAAUCUGUGUGGUCAUCUUUACAGUCUUACUCAUUUCCUAUGGGGUCAUUCUGCACUCCCUGAAGACCCAUAGUCAGGAAGGGAGGCGCAAAGCCUUAUCCACCUGUGGCUCCCACAUUACAGUGGUGGUCCUCUUCUUUGUCCCCUGCAUUUUUAUGUAUGUGAGACCUCCUUCUACCUUACACAUCGAUAAAUCCUUGACUGUGUUUUAUACAGUUAUCACCCCUAUGUUAAACCCUCUAAUCUAUACACUGAGAAAUGGAGACAUGAAAAAUGCCAUGAGAAAACUGUGGACCAGAAGAAGAACUCUUGUUGGAAAAUAA